AUGUCGGAAAACUUCUCGGACAACUUUGACCUGGCGUCCUUUUUAUCUCUACCAUUGCAUUAUUCCGGCAUGGCUCAGACUAAUACUACAAGUACUAUGGAACCUCCCACCGGAACCCGUCCAUAUCGCUCACACAAGUUUCCCGCCUGUACAGCUUGCCGCCAACGCAAGAUUCGCUGCCACUUUGAUCAAGUCGCUGCUCAAUGCACUCUUUGUCGGGAAAAGGGUUGGCAAUGCAUUACUGCUUCUCCGGCCCAGAGCGCUCAAAAACGCGAUCGGUCGUCAACUUCGGGUCCAGCAGACAGACCUGUCAAGCGGACUACCCAGAGUCUGGGAUCGAGAGAUGAUGGUUCACCGAGUGUUCAAGUUCGUCGACCAUCACGCCAGAGUUCGGUCAUAGGCACUCCUGCUGAAGCCUCUGCGGAAAUUGCUCAGCCUUUGGAUCAUCCGAGUACAGAAUCGACUGUGAUCGUGGGACCUGUCUUUCAAGAAGAUAUUCAGAUCUUGGGACCAUAUCUCUCGAGAGGAGAUGAAGCGAGACAGUCUUCCAAGGAGCGGCAAACUGCUACAGCUGGCCCAAGUCGCAAUCCACUUUUAUAUCUCUCUGUUCCUCGCCGUCGCCGUGGUCUUCAACCCGCCAAAGAUCCUGGUUCUGGUCAGAAGCUCAUCUUGCAACAUCUAGUUGGGCCCUUUGCUGGCGAACUCGUGGAUCUAUAUUUCGAGUAUGCCCAUCCCUGCUUUCCCAUCCUUGAUGAACUAGCUAUUCGGAAGCACGGAGCUGCCAACGUCUCUUCUACGUUGUGGUCCUACAUCAUCACCAAUGCAUUGUCUUCUUGGGAUCGGUCUCCAAAACUAAAACACCAUCCGCGGCCUGAUCCCAUCUAUGCUUGCAAUGUUGCCGUUGCUGCAUUGCAAGAAGACUUCAAUGAGUCGAGUGUAUCAACCAUUCUCUGUAGUGUCCUUGACAUGAUUGGCCGUCCUGUUAGCAACAUCAUCAACGAAGGCCGGACGAUAGCCCUCGCCCAUACUUUCGGCAUGAACCGCAACCCAACCAAUUGGGGCUGUUCAGAUCACGAGAAGCGACUCAGAAUACGAACUUGGUGGGCAGUGUUGAUUAGCAACAGACUAUCUGCUCUAGCCCACGGCACUCCAGGCACUCUGAUAAAAGGACAGUAUGAUGUACCGCUACCCACGCCUGCCAUGCUCUUGACGCCUGGCAAGAACGACAUCUAUCGCGAGCAGGGUGCAGAGCACUUCAUCCAGCUUUGUAAGUUAUGCGAAAUUUUAGGGGAAAUCAAUCAGAUUGCUGUGGACCUUCGCCGUCCCUUCGAUGCCAAAGUCCCACGAGAACUUCGACGACUGGAGUGUGAUCUCGAUCAAUGGGAAGCCGAUCUACCUCCAUAUCUUACUCGGCCACUUGAUGAAGGCAAGGGUCCUGGAGCGUGUAAUCUGCAUCUCUGCUUCCUCUCCACCAAACUUCUUCUUGCACGCACGGCGUUAAAGGUCGCCUCCGAUGGUCAGCAACCAGAUAGUAGCAGUGAACACAUGCGAUAUCGUCUCUCCGUCCUCCGUAGUCUAGCGCGCGAGAUAGCAGACUUUGUCUGUGCCCUCCAAAGCCACCACCUCGCCGAGUUCUGGCUACCAUGUAAGCCAACACCCGCCUCCCUAUCACUUCUCCUUUCCCCCCUUCCCUUCCCUUCCCUUCCCUUCCCUCACUCACUCGCUCAAAAGCGUAAAAAGUUGACUGAAAGUUUGCCUCAAACAGACACAGCCCACUUCCUAGCCUCCUCAGCAAUGAUACUCCUCCGCUGCACAAUCGAAACGACCGACCCCUUGACCCGCGAACCUUGCAAACUCUCCCUCUCCUCCCUCCGCAAACGUCUCCGCUCCGCCCGCGACGACUCCUCCUGGGACCUCGCCGACAUUUUCCUAAACCAAUGCGACGAACCAAUCUCACGCGUCAUCGCCAAAUUAUCCUACUCUACUUUAUCUGCAGCACAGCCAGUGAUGGAAGUUACUCAACAACAGCAGGAAGUGCCUAUUAAUGUGGAAGAUGUCAUUUUGCAGCCUUUGCAGCAGGAUUUUGUGUUUGAUCUUGCUGGGCUCGGGGCUGAAGGAUUUGGGAUGGGGUUUGAGGGGUUGGGGUUGCCGUUUGGGGAUUUGUGGAGUGGGUAUGAGGAUGUGAAUAUGAAUGGGAAUGGGGGUGCGAGUGGGAUGAAUGGGAUUUAG